CUCAUGUUAAUGUCCGCGCCGCCGCGACUCCUCCCCGUUCAGAGCGACCAUGCAGCUCCGCGCACCAACAUCAUUCAGAUCUGCUCCUCUCAGGCCGCUGGGGGAGCACAGCACACUACACGGGACGGCGAAAAAAAGUCAAAGGGGUUAACUUGGAUACACAUGCGGCGGUGUUUUGAUGAAAAAACCCAUCCAAGUGUACAUUGAAGCGACUUUGUUAUUCACGGGAAGAAUUUUCCUUGAUAUGGGAUUUGUUUUGAAAAGUACACACGCGCGUAGUUGAAGGAUAUAACUCCAGUAUGCGGCAGUUUUGAAACAAAGGGGUCUGGAGCGCCGUUGUCUCAGUGGAUCGGGGCCCUUUCUGGAUGGGAAAGAUGGAAACAGAGGGGCAGUGGUGGAAAAGCCAGCUCGCAGCAGACAUCCAUCAGGCGCUGCGAAUUAAGGAGCUGAAGUUGCCAACCUACCAGGCCCACUCUCCACAGAUCGGGAUGCGCCGGUAUUUUGCCGACCUGCUCGCUGUUCUCAGUAACCGAUACCAGCUGUGCCCUACAGCACGACACCUGGCCGUCUACCUGCUCGACCUCUUUAUGGACCACUAUGACGUAGCGGUGCGGCAGCUGUACGUCAUCGCCCUCUCCUGCCUCCUCCUGGCCAGUAAGUUUGAGGAGAAGGAGGACCGUGUGCCCAAACUGGAGCAGCUGAACACUCUGGGCUUCAUGUGCAGUCUGAACCUCACCCUCAACAAGCGUGACCUCAUCAAGAUGGAGCUGCUGCUGCUGGAGACGUUCGGUUGGAACCUGUGCAUGCCCACACCUGCCCACUUCAUCGACUACUACCUCCAUGCUGCUGUCCAGGAGGGUGACCUGCACAACGGCUGGCCCCUCUCCUCCCUGUCCAAGACCAAAGCUUUCAUGGACAAGUACACGCACUACUUCCUGGAAGUCUCGUUGCAAGAUCAUGCCUUCCUGAGCUUCAGGCCCUCUCAGGUGGCAGCUGCUUGCAUAGCUGCGUCCAGAAUCUGCCUGCAGAUCUCCCCCAGCUGGACCACUGUCCUCCACCUGCUCACGGGCUACUCUUGGGAUCAUCUGACGCAGUGCAUCCAGCUCAUGUUACUCGCUCACGACAACGACGUAAAAGAGGCCAACAAAUCAAAAUCUUCCCCUUCCACCGGUCAAAGUCUCCAGCCACAAGCUCACAUCCCCCCCAGCCCCGCCACCCCCUCUCUGCAGAGGCAGCCCACCUCCAGCUCCCAGCAGCUGCUCCUCCAGGCCAGCAGCUACCCACAGCUCUCCCAGCACUCGCCGGCACUAUCCCAGCUGCACAUGCUGGCCGACUGCCAGGCCCUGGGACCGGUGGGCUCUCGGGAAUAUCUGCAGCCCCAUCAGGCCAGUCUGAUUUCAGCCUCAAUGCCGGCCAGCUCGUUCACUUCUUUCCCCAGCUUGGCGUCGGGGCUGCGAGGCUUGCCCCUCCAGGGUCCCAUCUCCAUGCAGGUGAGCAUGGGGCCCGAGCGCCACUGCCUCGGUCUGACUUACGGGAGCGGCUACUUAAGCUCCCACCACACCUUCACAGCCGGCUGCUUUGACAGGUGACGCCAGGAGAGGGAGGACAAACUCAACCUUGGGCUGCCGCCGUCCUCCACCCUCCCCGCCCCCGAGGGGCUUCGUCCUGGACGCCGACGAAAACUUUCCAAACAGAAGACCAACAGUCGAGUGGACCCCACAGAGGUUAUAGUAUUAACUUAAAAAAAAAAACAAAAACAAAAAAACGGCCUUUAAGCUCUCAUUUUUUAGCUUUGGAUGCUUCCUUUUGGGAUUUUUAAGAACUGAGGAUGUCUAUUUUUAAAGAUUAUUUAGUUAAGUGAGAACCUUCUUCCAGUGCUGUGCCACAAUGGACAAACUGUCGACCUCGACAAAAGAGAAAGGAUGCUCUUUUGGAUGCUCCUCCUUUUUUUCUUUUUUUUUAAGCAUACAGCCUUAAGAGGAGAAAUCAUGGAGAUCUGCAUUCCAUCCCACCAGCAUUUUCAAACGAGUCCUUGAACUUUCACACUGGAUUUUGCUGUAUGGUCCUUUGAUGCUGCUGCCUUUUUAUAUGAACUGAUGGCUUUACGACCAAGAAUCCUGUCUCCCUUCUGGUCUUGUUUACAGUGACAUGCCGCAUAUCAGGGAUGUACAGAUCAUACAAACAACAUACUAUUGAACCAGCUGAUUUUUGUAUGAAGUGUAACUCCUAUUGUUCUUGUCCGUAUUUCUUUCCGAUUCUGUUUUAAACCAAUGCGGUCUGUAGAGAAGGUUGACGUUACGCUGAGGCUCCAGUUCCCUCAGGCAGAUGGAGGGAGACGCCCCAGGGGAUGGAGGCAUCUGUGCUCCCUCUAUUCUGGAAGCCAUGCUUUACUAGUUUCUCCUCCCCACAGGGAAAAAUAGCCAUGAGUUCUGCCCUGUGCUACGAAGACGACUUCAUUGUGCCGUACCUCUUCCUAUCAGACACUGUGGCUCGUAAAGAUUACCUCACUGUUACACUGUUGUUCACGUUUACCUCCAAGGUCAUGCUAAUAACUAGUUUAACCUCACCGCUCGGGAUAGAAAAGAUGGAUCUGCUGUUACAGUGUGCUUCAGUUGUAGCGUCAUACCUUUAGAUCAACAUUUUAGUCCAGAAUCAAACAGAAUAUUUUAAAGCAGACUGUAAUAUUUUGGUCCAAAAUAUUUUGUUAUUGUUGUAAACUAAAGAUAAAACGAACCAAACAUUCUUAAUUUCUUUCCUUUUACUUAUUGUCUUUUUUUCUUUCUUAGACUAUACAAUGAAUUAUGUUGACUGGCCUUAAGACCAAAGUGUCUGCUUUACAUCCUGCUGAAUGAGAAGCUUUUUCAACCACUUUACUGGACUUUGGAUCAAAAUCUUUCUUCUAUAGUCCUGAACUUUGAACUACCUCAAUAUAUUGCCAUUUACUUGCUGAUUCCGCAGGGCUUGUCUUUUAGUUUUAUGUUUUUUCUAAAUUGGUCAGAACAUUCACAUGCUUUGUUGUAUUUUUUUUUUUUUAACCCAGAACUUGUUUUUGUGUGUUGAAGUCCAGUGUUUUGUAUAGUUAGAGAACGGUGUUCACUGUAACAGACACGCACUGUUUGAUAUUUUAAGUCAUUCUCUUGUUGAAGCCUCUGUGUGUGCAAUAUGUAAUCAUUAGUUUUUAUUUUUCCAUUUUGUACCACUACUUUUUUUUUUACUAUGUAGAAUUAGUUUUUUGUUGGUUUGGUUUGUUUUAACAUGCUAUUACUGCUUACAUGCAGUGAUUUAUUUUU